AUGGCAAGCAUCAAAGGCCCCGCGCCGGCACCCACCUCAUUCCCCGGAGCCGAGAAGCUGCGCAUCGGAAUCGUGCACGCGCGCUGGAACGAAGAGUGCAUCACUCCGCUCGUGCAGGGCUGCGUCGAGAACAUCACCAAGGCAGGCGUCAAGCCGGAGAACAUCGUCAUCGAGAGCGUGCCCGGAUCGUGGGAGCUGCCGUUUGGCGUCUCGCGUCUGAUCUCGGCCUCGCAGGUGCAGGCCUCGUCGAACGUGUCUGAUCUCAUGGGCGCCACGUCGCUGCUGGACGACAACAGCAAGCCUUCUACGCCGACGACGGGCACAAAGCCGAGCAAGGCGGCGCUGGAUGCGGUGAUCGGCAUUGGCGUGCUGAUCAAGGGGUCAACAAUGCACUUUGAAUACAUCUCCGAAUCGUGCUGUUCCGGGUUGAUGAGGAUCGGGUUGGACACGGGCGUGCCCGUCAUCUUGGGCGUCCUGACCGCGCUCACCGAAGACCAGGCGUUGGAGAGGAGCGGUGUGGGCCGGGGCAGCAAUAAGGGUCACAACCACGGCCUGGAUUGGGGUUCCGCUGCUGUCGAAAUGGCUCUCAAGACCAACCGAUGGGCCGAGGGCAAGCUCGCUUGA